GAAGCAUCAUUAAGUAUUAUAAUUAUUAUUAUGAUGAAAUAUUAAAUAAUUAAUGAAAGUUCUCAUAGUAUGAGCAUCCUGUUAUGCUAUAUUUUUCGCUGGUAACAUUAUGAACUCAAGGAAACGAAGUGGAUCAACCUCAAAACGACCUUUUCAAAAAGAAAAAGUGGUGUUUUAUUAUGAACAAAUAUUAUGGAAUAAAGACUCGAUUGAAACCAAUUCUCAGUUUUGGGAAGAAUUCUUUUUACUUCAACCAAAUACAGAUACGCUAGAGUCAGAAAUAUCAAAACUAAAUUUGGACAAUUUAAUUGGCGUAAAAGACAAUAUUCGUCUCCUUUUUUCGGAAUGUAUAAAUAUGUUAAAUAGUGAUAACACAAAACGAAUAAUAAAUUCGCUACAAACUCUUUGUGUCCUUGUUUUGACAAUUUUUAAAAAAACAGCAGCAACUUUAGACUGUGAUUUUCAGAUCAUUAACAUUUUAAUGAACUCAGAAACAAACAUGAAAAAAUUAAUUAUUUCUUGCAAUUAUUUACUGACAAGCAAUUUUGCUGAUGCUCCGAAGAGUUUAUGUUUAAAAUUGAUGUUAGCUUUGGUGACUGGUACAGAUAUCAUAAAUAAAAAUGUUUUGUUGGAAUACGUCAUGAUAAACAAUUUAUUUGAAUCAAUCAUUCUUUUGUUAAGUGAUCCUAUAAGCCGAGUAGAAAUGGGCCACGAUGCUGUUAUACUUUUGACCCUUAUCGUGAAUUAUAGAAAAAAUGAAGGACCGAAUCCUUACGUUUUUCAGCUAUCUCUUCUGGCAGAUGAACAAGCCUUAAACGGUUAUGGAUAUGUCAUUUCAAAUUCAUUAAUUGAAUUUUGUCAUCAAUAUUCACUACCUUUAACAGAUAUGCAAACAAUAUCGUGGUUUUCAUCAUUAUCUAACAUUGUGGGUAAUAUGUUUGUAAGUGAUGAGGGACAAUCACAACAGAUUCGAGCAAAUAACGCCUUACUUUUAGCUUUAUAUGAAGCAGUUCAUCUGAAUAGAAACUUCAUUACAACACUUGCUCAUACUCAAACCGAUACGAGUUCUCCACCUUCACCAUCGAAUACUCUGAAUUCCGGAAUGAAUCCAAGCAUGUCAAUUUCUACUCCACAAUUCAUAGAUUCAACUAAAUACCCAACAAAUUUAUUCGUUGCAGUAUUCCAAUACUGUUCUAUUGUAAUGCAAGAUCAUAAAAGUGAAUCUAGUAUAAUAAACUUGAAGUUAGCUUUUAUCUUGUUAAUUUGCAUCUCAGAAGACACAUUUGCAAAUUCCAUGAUGCAUGACAGUAAUUUAACAUUCAAAGUAUUCCUUCAUCGUGCACAUAUGCGACAUCGAAAGCUCUCAGAUCGGUCGUUUAUGCCACAACCAUUGACCAAUACUUUGUUAGAUUUAUUGGUUGAGUUUAUGGUAACUCACAUGAUGAAAAAAUUUCCUAUGGAACUCUAUUUAUAUGCUAUUGGUAUAAUUCACCGUCUCUUAUGUUAUCAAAAAAGAUGUAGAGUAAGGCUAUCGUAUCCAUGGAAAGAAUUAUGGACUUCUUUAAUAGGAUUACUAAAAUUUGUUGUUUGUCAAGAGCCAACACUCAUUAAAAAAUAUAAUAUUUUUAAUUUGGCCCUACAGAUAGUUAACAUCUUCAAUUUUUUUAUUACAUAUGGUGACACUUUUCUUGCUACAACAAAUAGCUAUGAUGAGCUAUACUAUGAAUUGAAUAGGGAGGAAAAAGUGUUUAGUGAACUACACGCAAUGGUUCUUCGAUAUACAUCAAUGUAUGAUUGUGAAUAUAAAGAAGACGUCAUUAAAUUACUUAAUGCGUUGGUAAAUAUUCUUGCCAUCACAAAACACUUCCAGAUUAAAAUUAAAGAAUGGUUAGCCAUUGAAUGCAUAUCCACUCCAACUGAAAGUCAAAUUCUUGACAUUGUAAGGAAAAAUUACGACCUCACGUUAAAACUUCAAGACUCGCUUGAUCACUAUGAUCGAUAUUCAGAGAGCCCGGUUCAUCAAUAUUUUUUUAAUGAUAUUGUCAAAGAAGUGAUUCAGGAUACACGUAAACAUCUAUGGAAUUCAAUUAAAAAUCCACUUUUUCAAACAUCGGAUAGUGUUUUAACUUGAUCAAUAAAAAUAGUUUAGU